AGGCAUUCUGACCCCACGGCGUCUCCAGCGGGGCGGGGACAGAGCGGGCGCCACCAGCGGAGGCACUGUGAGGGAGGUAGAGCGCGGUGUCCGGCCCACCAUGCUGACCGCACUCGUCCCGCCGGCCCGGCCUGGGCUCCCAAGGCGGCUGCCCGCAGUCCCCGCACGGCGCCAAGACUCCUCGGGUUCGUCGGGCUCCUACCACACAGCGCCGGGUUCUCCCGCGCCCCCGGACACAGGGUCAGACGCAGCUUGGGCAGACUGGCCCUGGGUGGCCCCCGAGCGGGGGGCGGGUGCGCAGCCUCGCCUGUCCGUCAGUGCCCAGAAUAGCCAUCAGCAGCCUUGGACCGGCUCGGGUUUCCCGCGAGGCCUGGGCUCCGGCACGCCACCGCCCCAGCCCCAGCUGCGCGUGCUGCCGUCGGGGGAAAUGGAAGUCAUCUUCGGCGCCGGGCCCCUGUUCAGCCGCUGCUCGGACACGGAGGAUGGGAUAGCACAACAGCUCUCGGCACCGUCAUUCAGCCCCUCUCCGCCGAGGACAGCGUCUCCGGUCCCCGCCCCACCGCUGCCCUCGGCCCCCGACGGCGGAGCUCGCUGGGCUACCUACCUGGAGCUGCGUCCCAGCGGGCCGAGUUCCGCCUCCUCCGCUCAGCUUGAGUGCGUGGAGGUGGCGCUGGAGGAGCGCACUGCGCCAGUUAGGUCGCGAACAGUGCCCAAGCGUCAGAUCGAGCUACGCCCUCGACCCCCGAGUCCCCCGAGAGAAGCCUGCAAGCAGCGCCCCCGGCUGCUCCUGCGCACCGGCUCCCUGGACGAGUCGCUGAGCCGCCUGCAGGUUGCAGCCGGCCUUGUGCAGACGGUGCUAGCCAGAAAGCUGGGUCCUGCGACCCAAGCUCCAAGUAGCGCCAUCGUUAGGCCCACGGAGCGGAAAGAACCUAAGACUGGAGAAACAGUCCGCAGCAACCGAUCUUGGCCACCCCGCGCACAAGAGAGUUCAGGGCCCGCUAGAGCCCCAAGGCCUUGGCCCAGCCUCCGAGAGCGCGCCAUUCGGCGCGACAAGCCUGCGCCUGGGACCGAGCCGCUGGGUCCUGUUAGUUCCAGCAUCUUUUUGCAAUCAGAGGAGAAGAUCCAGGAGGCACUCAGCCAGCGACCCAAGACUCAGUUACCCCAAGAGACACCAGGUCGAAUCGUCCCGAGGGAACGGAGCCCGUCUUUGGAGUCCAGAGUCCCCUGGGAAGUUCCCAGUAGAGCUAAGAGGCCUAAAAGCCCAUCUCCGCCGAGCCAGACCGCUAAUGGAACCGUGAAAGAUCCUCACUGCCCGUCCCCUCAGAACCUGUCCCCGGGGAAUCGGACUGUCUGGAGGGUGAGUAGUCCUCCGUUCUGCGAAGCAUCUUCCGCGUGGGAAAAUCGGAAUCCAGCCCUCGAGGAACCCGUCAGCAGGAGCAGCCCUUCCCCACAAACUCCCUCCCAGUGGACUCAGGGUGGUGCGAGAGCAAGGAGCCCAUCCCCCGAAGUUCCUUUCCAGUGGAAGAGCUCGCCUCUAGCAGUACCGCGCACCGUGGGGCGGGGCAAGAGUCGGUCCCCACCAGCAGUGUGCCCAAGGGACGAGCCAGACUGUCCUAUUGGAACGCGAAGCCCAUCGCGCCAGGAGACCCGGGGACCCAGUGCACAGGGCUCCUCGAUAGUAUUUAGGCGGGAAGUUAUGAAUGGCGUAGCUCAGGAGUUGGAGCCGCCUACGCCAUCUACACCUGGAACCCCACAGCUAACAGAGGUGCAGGGCCUGCCAGCGAAGGAAUUGCCAGAUUUUGCCUUCCGGGGCAAUCAGCGGUCACCAGAGGCAGAUGCACCCGAGCCGUCCCGCAGUCACCUCCUCAGCACCCCCGACACCGACGGGCGCCCAGGGGUCUUGGGCUGUGGAGAAGCGGUCAUCGAACGCCAGCGCGUGGCCAUUCCGCGGCCGCGAGAUGUGCGCAAGAUUCUGAAAACCACCUACGCGCCCGGCUUCCCCGCAGGAAGCUCAGGCUCAGGAAAGCCUGCUCCUCCCGCGGACCCUUGCGGGGAGGGCGGCCUAUCGCAGACGCGAGAGUUCCAGGCGCAGGGGUCCCCCGCUCCGGCUCAUUACACCUCUGUUUUUCUUAAAGACUUUUUGCCAGUCGUGCCGCACCCCUACGAGUCCCCGGAGCCGUCCCUCGACCCAGGUACCCAGGACGCCUUGCAACCCAACGGGGUCUUGCGGCGGAGGGCAGAAAACAGCACAGCGAAACCCUUUGCGCGCACUGAGAUCCGCCUGCCGGGUGCUCUGGCCUCGGGCCGGCGGCCGGAGAGAACCCCGGCAGUGCAAGCGCCCCGUACCCGCCGAGAGAACGCCGGCGCCGAGGCUUCGCGCCUGGUCCCCGAAGGCGAGGGUCGGACCAGCCCCCUGGGCGGCGCUCGCACCUCCCCGCGGCGGUCCCCCAGAGCGCCGCCAGGACCCCAGCCGCCACGCGCAGGCUCUCCUCGGGCGCGCUCCACCUCCAGCCCCGGGAAGGCACCCAACCUGGAGAUACCCGCGCUGGCGCCCGAGCCCGCAGCUGCCAUCCCGGCGCCCCUGCCGCCCCAGCCGCGCGCCGCCUCGGCGCCUCCCACGGACCGGUGCAGGCAAGGCCCCGCCCAGGGGAUUCGGAGGCUGCCCGGGGCUUCGCACCCGGGGAAGGUUCUGGUGGACCCGGAGAGCGGCCGCUACUAUUUUGUGGAGGCGCCGCGGCAGCCGAGGCUACGGCUGCUCUUCGACCCUGAGAGCGGGCAGUACGUCGAGGUGCUGCUGCCCCCCGCGUCUCCGGGGCUGCGCCGCCACGUCUACACCCCGCUGGCCAUGGGGCCUGGCCUCUACCCACCCGUCUAUGGGCCCAUGCCUGGCCUCGCACUGCCACCAUCCCCGGGCCCGCCGGCCCUCGGUGGUCCCCAGCUACCUUGGUCCUCUGAGGCUGCGCCCCUAGACGGGAUGUACUACCUGCCUUUGAGCGGGACCCCCAGCCCCGCCCCAUCCUUGCUUUUCUGUGCCCCACCCUCCAGCUCGGGUUCCCCCCAGCCUGGCAAGCGCUCAGUGGCUCCUUUGUGAGGUCCAAGCAGCGCCUGAUCCCAAGGUUGGGGCUCUUAGAAGGCAUUGAGGUUCUGGUUCCCACGCCCCUGCUCUCUCCUCCAAUCACCUCUUUGAUCCUCCCCAGCUAGUGUCAGACCGGAAGUGAGCUUCAGCAGUGUAUCAGAGAUUGAUGGAGGUGAAGUUCAGCAAGCAAAUAUGAAAAAGUGAGGAGCCGGCCCAGGAGGUGCUGAAGUUCCCUCGGCAGCGGGAAGGGGAGAAGCAGGCACCAGGCUGCCCCAGAGGUGGUAGGCUGUCUGUCUCCCUGAAAAUGGGAUCCGUUGAUGUGGAGCAGACCAGUGGGCCCUUUGCAGGUGUGUGUGUGUGUGUGUGUGUGUGUGUGUGUGUGUGUGUGUGGUGUGUGUGUGUCUGGGGGACUCUAUGAAAUCCAUUGUUUGGAAGAAGAGCUGAGCUCUGGCCUGGUAGGCCAGUGGCCAGUGCAGCCUCCAGGCCAGGUUGGGUCUGAGAAAGAGAGCUGUGGGGACAGCAGGCAAAGGGGAAGCAAGGUAGUAACAUAGGAUGGGCCGUCCAGUCAGGCUUGGAACCCCGAGUGAGAGGGCUGGGGUGAAGGGAGCCCGGGUGGCUGUGGUCCUCAGUGGGGAGCCUAGCUCCCUCCCCUCCCCUCCCCUCUAUCCCGUCUCUGGCUUUUCCUGAAGGCUGUGCUGGCUCGUUUUAGGGAUGUGGCUUCAGCUGCUCCCACCCAGGUAGUGGGGGCAGUUAAACUGAAUCACCAGGUAGGAUUUAAAAGAGGAAGAAAGGAAGUGGGGGUGGUUGUUUCAAGGGGAGCCUCUUGGCCCCUGUGGGUGACUGAGGGUAGGUUAAGGCUGAUUGUAGCAGGGAUAAGGCACAGUAGGACAGAAGGGUCUGAGCUCUCAGCUGGGUUCACUUCCUUGUAGCAACAAUGCUCAGAGAGGGGCUGGCCCUGCAGACUGACCCAGCACAGGAGAAUAUGGAACCAAACCUGUGCUCCUGAGAUUCCAGGGACUUCUGAGAAAGGCUGAGAGCGCUAAGGGAAAUCUGCAUGAUGAGGAAGGAGGUCUGCAUGGAGUCUGUGGUUCUGAGCUGGAAAGGGCAGACAGGGCCUUGCUGGACCAGGAUAUGAUGUGAUACAUUUGGGACGAGAUAGUUUCCAUUAGCAGCAAUAGCAUCAGGAAUGGGAAUCAGUGCCUUCCUUGGACCUGGGUGCCUUAGAGUCCAUGUCCCCUGGACUGAAAGCUGUUGAGGAGAACUAUGAGUCUGAAUAAGUUGGACAUCUCGGGUGUUGGGGCCACUCCUCACCUCACCCUGGUGUGCAAUAAAUGGCUGACCAUGAGCCGUGGUGGCUGACA